AUGGAGUCGUGGUUGAAGCGUAGCAGCAAUUCUUUUGAAAACACGGAGGGACAAGUGGCAAAGGCCAAACCAGAGCCGGAAAAAUUCCGGCUGUAUCUUGAAGAUUAUGUUUUAAUUGGAUUUACGUCCACAAGUUGCAACCCACCCAAGGCACUGUGUUUUUUCUGUGGGGAGAAAUUAGCUAACAGUAGCAUGAAGCCAGCACAUCUGCAGCAUCAUCUUAAGACAAAACAUGGAUGUCACGUUGAUAAUCCACCUGACCUUUUUAAGAGGAAACUGUCUGAAUUCAGAUCAUCUCAAGACACGAUGCGGAAGGACUCCACAACAUCAGCCAAAGCCCUGGAGGCCUCUUAUGCAGUGUCUUUGCUCGUAGCUAAAGCCAAGAAGCCAUUCACUAUCGCUGAAGACCUGCUCCUUCCAGCGGCUGUAGUGCUGGCUGAGACUAUGCUGGACAAAAACGCAGCGGAGAAAUUAAAGACUGUACCAUUGUCAAAUGACUCUGUUUGCCGCAGAGUAGAUACAAUGGGAACAGACAUUGUCGAGCAAGUUGUGGGAAAACUUAGCGACUCCUUUUCACUCCAGUUGGAUGAAUCCACAGAUGUCAGUGGAAAUGCACAACUUGUUGCUUUUUUGAGGUACGUUGAUACUGACGACAUUUAUGAGCACAUACUAUUCUGCAAAAGUUUGAAGGGGAAAACAACAGGAGAGGACAUAUUUGAUGUUGUCAAUGCUGCUUUCUGUGAAAACGAUUUGCGCUGGAAAUCCUGCAGCAGCAUCUGUACAGACGCAGCAGCAUCAAUGACGGGUAGCGCGAAAGGACUAAUAGCGCACAUUAAAAAAGAAAACCCCGACGUGAUGUGGACUCACUGUGUGAUACACAGGGAGGCAUUGGCGUCCAAGAAAAUGAGCCCUGUGUUACAUGACAUUUUGAACAGCAGCAUCAAAGUGAUCAACGUCAUUAAGUCAAGGCCACUUAAUGCACGUCUGUUUCGCCGCCUCUGCGAAAAUAUGGGAGCUGAACACACACAACUGCUGCUGCACACAGAAGACACAGACUGGCUUGCAAAGCUGUGCUACCUGGCAGAUAUAUUCAGCAAACUGAACAAACUGAAUAUGUCUCUGCAGGGCAAGGACACCAGCAUUUUAAACCUGUAUGACAAGGUGGGUGGCUUCCUGAAGAAAGCAGAGCUGUGGAGAAGGGCCUGUGCACAGGAGGAUUUCACCUGCUUUCCUCAGCUGGAUGAUUUUCUCUCUAGUGAGGAUGUGGACAGAGCUCCAGUCAAGUUGGUCAUAGUGGGACAUUUGACCAAGUUGAUACAGGAUUUUCAUUCCUACUUUCCUGACAUGGAGGAGAAAUCUGCACAGCUGGAUUGGGUGAGAAACCCAUUUCUCUUGUCCAAAGCAAACCGAAGCAAGCUCCCUGUCACCUAUCAGGAAAAACUCUUGGAAGUGUCAUCUGAUCGUGGCCUCCAGAUGAAGUUUGCCAUGUUCACACUUACACAGUUUUGGGUGUGUGUGAAGCAGGAGCACCCUGACCUGGGACAGAAAGCUUUGGAGCAGCUACUACCCUUUGCCUCCACAUAUUUAUGUGAGGCCUCCUUCGCUGCAAUGACUGUGAUCAAAACAAAGCAGAGAAACAGAAUGUCUCACUAA